AGAUGUGAUGACAUCAUGGACUCAUCGUGCUCGCAUACAGUCGUGUCUUGAGCCUUAACUCUUAGCUCUCGCGGAAUUUGAAUUCCCCAUGUUUUAACCACGCACUACAACACACACAAGAGGAACAACAAUGUCAUGACGCCCACACCAACACCGCCCUCCGUCCUCAAACAAAGCAUACCGCGCGCCCAAUGGCUCAGCUAUCGCAUCGGCCGAGGCGAACAAGGCGUGCUCACCUUCGAACCGUAUAAGUCAGCGCUACUGCCCUUCUGGCGUUUCCGCACCGUUCCCAUCGCUCAGAAGAGCGCCGCCGAGCUGUGGGACAAGUUCGAAGAGUUUGGUGAACAGGAUGAUUUCGUCGGUAUGGACAUAACACGCAAGUUCAUCCAAAUGGGUAUGACACGAGCCAAGAGAUACGCAAACCACGCCGGCGGACGCAAGUAUAGGAAAGGGACGCGGGAGGAGUUGCCUAAGAGCGAGAACCAUGCUGAUAAGAGCGAGAAGGAACGCGCGAGUCAGGUGUUUCGGGAAGUCUGGAUGAGGUGUCGGGCUCAUGAGGGCUAUACAAAGAAGAAAGAGGAGUUUUUGAGGGAACAGGGGGAGAUGGUGUCUCAUGACCAGACCUGAUCAGGUAUUCGUGGGUUAUUCCCAACAUCUUUGAAAAAAAUGUAGAGUUCUCGAAGAAUAGCACUCGAUUUUGGUAUAGUUUCACAAAUAAAUUGUACAGUGUCUAUAGUGAUACAGUGAGCAGCUGUUUAUCAAUGUUGCCGCUAGGUAUCCCCCCAUAAACAAU